AUGGCCACCAAAGUCAAGAGAAUUAUGACCCAGCCCAUCAAUCUUAUAUUUCGCUUCUUGCAAAGUCGGCAGAAGGUGCAGAUCUGGCUCUACGAGCAGACAGACCUUCGCAUCGAAGGACGUAUCAUUGGGUUCGAUGAGUACAUGAACCUAGUGCUGGACGAAGCGGAGGAGGUCUCCAUGAAGAGGAAAACAAGAAAAGCACUAGGCAGAAUACUUCUGAAGGGCGACAACAUCACACUCAUGCAAACGACAGGGCGAUAA